UGUGCGUAGUGCGUAUGUGCCAGUGCGUGUAGCGCGCGCCUUGGAUGACGGGAAAGACGACGGACGAGAAGAAGUGAGCGGACGACGAAAAACACGUGCGAGUGGAAAAUCAAAAAUGCCUAUUACAGCCGAGGCGACAUCGAUGCGCGUGCGUCCGUCGGCGUACCUACAACAACUUACUGCGAUAGUGUCAGAGACAGCGCCGCAGCGGCAGCCGCCGAGUCCGUAAAAUGUGCAUCGUAGCUUACAACAACAAUAUCAACAACAACAACAACGACAAUAAUAAUAAUAAUAAUAAUAUAAGCGCGUGUGUUCUUCGUCGGGCAUUCACACCCGCCGCUUACCACCACCAUCGGAGCAAUAGUGCGUAGACGGACCAAUGAGAACGGUCGGCGUCGUCUCCCCGCCACAUCAGGUUUCCCGCGGCCGGGACCCUUCGGCGGCGAUAUUUAAUCAACACUCGCACGAGCCAGGACAAUCAUUCGGGCAUUCCACCGUCGAGACUCCGAGUGCGUAGAUGCGCAUUGUACACUGUCGCUGCAGACCGAAUGUGGUCGAGUUAUUCCAUUAACUACCUAUUGACGAACAACAACUAUGAUAUAUGCGGAUUUUGCGGAACGCGGUAGCCUACAGUCGGUGAUGGACGAGGACGAACAACCGCGGGUUUUUCAGAUACGCGGCCACCUGGUGCACGGCAUACCGCAGGUCGGCGACUCAAACUACGAUCCGGCGUGUCCCACAUGCAACCCGGGCUCGAUGAACGACAUGAGCACACCUACCGCGGUCGUGGUAGCGCCGUCGAUCGCGGCCACCGCGGUAGCAGUCCCGGGCCCUAUCCCGGGGACCAACGACUACAAUAACGGACAGCAACUGGAAAACGGAUCAUCGGCUUUAAUACGACAACAAGAGGGAGCGAUAUCAAGCACUGAUGAUAACUAUUCUAGUGGAUUCAUAACUGGUAUUGCUGUUGUGUUCAUAUCAGGUGAGAUGGCUGGAAUCGGAAUGCUCGCCGCUCCGUGGGCAGUGGUUAACUUAGGAUGGAUGGGAUUUAUAUUAUUAAUUACAUUCGGCAUCGCCACUGCCUACAGUGCUUCAUGUUUGGGUACAUGUUGGUUAAUCAUCGAGGAGAGGUAUCCUCAGUAUCGGAUAUACCCCAUACCCGACCCAUAUCCUACGAUUGCCAUGCAUGCUAUCGGCCGACGGACUAGUGUGGUUUUUAGUUACCUGACAAAAGCGUGCAUUCAUAUAACACUGUUUGGAUCAGCAACAGUAUACUUAAUGCUAAUAGCGCAGUCUGCCCAGAAAUUGUUUUUGGGCACACAUCCAGAAAUCGAAUUUUCUACCUGGCUAUUUGUGUUUUCUGUUUCUUUAAGUUCGCUCAUGUUUUUGGAGUCGCCGAAGGAUUAUUGUAUAGUGGCCGUCGGUGCGUUACUCACGACGAUGACGUCCUGUUACUUCAUCCUAAUGCAAAUGUUACUGGACGAACGUAUCAAAGAAGGCUCGGAGACCGACACACAUACAAUUAUGUCAGCCAACCAAUUUUUCUUGUCCUUUGGAUCAAUACUUUUCUCUUAUGGUGGAGCGGCAUCAUUCCCGGUUAUCCGUUUUCAAAUGUUCAAACGGGACGAGUUUUCGCGCAGCGUGGUAACCUCAUUUAUCGUUUUGACUAUUCUGUUCGGGUCAAUUGUUGUUGGAGGAUACAUCGUAUAUGGCCAUACAAUUAAUCCCAACAUCCUCAUGUCCCUCGGUGAAUCUUGGCUAUCGUACGCGGCGAUUGUUUUGAUGGCUGGACAUUUAAUUUUGGGAUUCGUCAUCAUGGUUAAACCGGUGUCUGAACAAGUGGAAUCGUUCUUUAACACACCACACAGUAAGCACUAUAAUAAAUGAUUGUUGUUAAAUCGA